AUGAGCAACGGUGGAAAUGGGAAAGCAGCAGUAGGGGCUGUGCAACAAACGGGCGUGCAGCAGCCUCAACUACGCGGCAGCAACAAACCAUCACCCUUUGUUGGGACGUUUGAGCAGUAUCAAGCUGAACUGGAGCUAUAUCUUGGAGAUCGGGACGCUUGGAGUAUGGAUCAUGAGACAGGUGAAGAUCUUUCCAUCAUCGGAAAAUAA